AUAAUUUAUGUCUUUGCAGGAUUCUCAAAUUUUUCAGAAAGUGCUAUGCAGUUUCUUGAAAAGCAGGGUUUGGAAUCCCGGGGUCCUGUGUCUAAACUAACCUUCAAAUUGUUCCUGGCUGUUCUGUGUUCACUUAUUGGUGCUUUUUUGACAUUCCCUGGCUUGCGACUGGCUCAAAUGCAUCUGGAUGCUCUGAAUUUAGCAACAGAAAAAAUAACACAAACAUUGCUACAUAUAAACUUCUUGGCUCCUUUACUUAUGGUUCUACUGUGGGUAAAACCAAUCACUAAGGACUACAUUAUGAACCCACCUUUGGGCAAAGAGAGCGUACCUUUAAUGUCAGAAGAUACAUUUGACACCAUGCGGUUGUGGAUUAUAAUCCUUUUGUGUGCUUUACGGUUGGCUAUGAUGCGCAGUCACUUACAGGCCUAUCUGAAUUUAGCCCAAAAAUGCAUGGAUCAGAUGAAAAAGGAAGCCGGCAGAAUAAGUACAAUUGAUUUACAAAAAAUGGUGGCUCGGGUAUUCUAUUAUCUUUGUGUAAUUGCACUGCAGUAUGUUGCACCAUUGGUAAUGGUCCUUCACACAACUCUGCUUUUGAAAACACUAGGUAAUUAUUCUUGGGGCAUCUACCCAGAAUCUAAUUCUGACACUGCAGUAGAAAACAAUCCGCUUCCCAGUUCACUUUAUUCUGAGUCUCCAUCUGUCGAUGGAAAGAUGAAAGUAACUGUAGUGCAAAUAACAAUGGCUUUGGGAAGCCUAAAGAAUAUUUUCACUCCUCUCCUAUUCCGAGGACUCUUGUCUUUCCUCACCUGGUGGAUUGCUGCUUGCCUCUUUUCCACAAGCCUCUUUGGGCUUUUCUAUCACCAGUACCUGACUGUGGCAUAAAUCGAUCAACUGACAAAGCAAGUAUGAGGUCAAAUUCUAGAUACAAGCCCAAGUACCCAAGAGGAGAUGAAGAAAAAACUAUAUAUGAAGAAAAAACAUAUCAGCAUUUAUUCUUAAACACUUAUUCUGUUUUCUCAGGGUGAAUAUUCUUAUAAUUUUUAAAAUCGCAACUGGAUUUGUUACUUUUUGUUACUGAAAUGGUAGGUAACUAAUUGAAUUAUGUUACUGGGAUUGACUGACAGGGAUAUAUGUGUAUCUAGUAAUUUCAAGAUCCCUUUUGAAAUGAAAAAUUUUUUUUUGACAGUUCACUUGAAAGGGCUAUUUGGUUUUGGUGCCUCUAUAAAGGUACUUACCUAUAUUAAAAAAGCUGUUAAUCUUGAUGUUUCUGCUCUGUCAGAUCAUCAUCUUUUGCCAGUCUAAUCUGUGUUAAAUUGGCCAUAUAGUAAUAACUAAUAACUUUUGACUUCAGAAAUAGAUUUUCUGUAUAAUAAAGCAGAUAUAGUAAGGAGGAGCAAAGCAUUAACUUUAUAAGUUUUGUUUAGUUGGAAGGAUAGAUCCUAAGUAUAAAAACAUUGUUAAGCAAACUAAAAUGUCAAUUUUUCAUGAUUCAUGUAAUCAGAAAACAGGAAUGGGAAUUUAUAUGCAGUAGCUUUUUUUAAAAGUUAAUAUUACAUUGUAAAGAGCGUUCUCAGUGUUUAACUAAUAUCAGCUAUUUUUACGUUAUUGGUUUUUUACUCUUGAAUUUCUGUAAAGCUUUGGCAUAUAAUAAGCAUUUAUAAAUGGAAAAGCUUAACAAAUAUUUAAUCCAUUGCAAACUACCAUAUGGGAAAGCAAACUGUCAGUGAAUGCAGAAAAUUAAAGAUUUAAGCUGGUGAUAAACUGUCUUGCUACAUUGAAUGUUUUUAAAGUUAUUAGUUUAUUAAGUUGCACUUACUGAUACAAGGAAUAUACACCAGCUUGUACCUUCUGCAUGCAUUUGGGAUAUCUGAGAAUACUUUGCAUGAUUCUAGCAGUUUCAUUGCAGUAUAGUAUUUCAGUGCUACUGGUACUGUAAGCUUUGUUUUUUUCACACCACCUUUUUGUAACUAAUGGUGACAGACGCUCAACUGUGUGAAUUGGCCUAAAGAAUAUUUGACUUCAUAGAUUCAGAUCUUGAAACAUUCCUAGGAAAUGUCAUUCAGACCAAUAGAAUGUCAAAAUAUGACAGGUCCAGCAAUACUGGACCCGCUUUCUGUUAGUUUGAGAUAUGUGAUUAGUAAUGGAAUUAAUAAGGCCAGCUUUUAAGUUAUAGUUAGAUUUCCAUGGUUAAUGUUUCAUACAGGAAAAUAAUAAAAGAUAGAGCAGUUUCUUGUGAACUUGGCCCAAGAAGCUCAUUAGAUAGAUGUAACCUGUUAUUGCAAUCUGAAGGAUAGAAAUGAACUUAGAUACUGGAGAAAGCUUCAAAAUAAUGCUAAGUGACAGAGUUUCUGUUGCCAUAGAUGUUUAUUUUGAAAGUUCAUAACUGAAAGUGAGCUAUAGUUAUAUAAAAUUUAAUUCAGCAAAGGUAAUUGAUUCUGUGUGUGGUUGAGCUUCACAGAGCUUUUGAUAAGUAGUACACUGUCUUCUUCUUCAGAGGUCACACAUCAAGAUCAACACUUCUGGCUAUUGCUGCUUCAUUGUUUCACAGAACUGAACAGUUGACCUUCUGGUCAGCAGUUUGAUCUGAGUGGGAAAUGAUCUUUCUUUGGAUUAAUUUAAUCCUUACAUGAGUCCAGGAGGCUUAUUUAAAAACUAAAAUAUAGCAGUAAAUAUCUUUGAAAUGUGUGGUGACACAGGAACUAGAGAGAGCAUAUUGCUAUAGUGGUGAGCAAUGCUUUUUACAACUACCUGAUAUACUAAAAAGUGACUUGUAAAGAAAAAUAGCAGGCUUCAUAGUCCUGACUUCCACGUAUAUUAUGUAAGCUUCAAAGAAGUAUCUGCUCACUUGUUCCUUUAAAGCAGCAGCUGGCAAAUGCUUUUUUUUUCUUGAAGAGCUUUAUCAGCACUAGGAAAAAAAAGUAGCUCACAGAAAUAGAAAAGCAGGUAAAACCUGACUGAGAGGUUACUAGUUUUUAUUCAGAAUUCUUAAGUAUUUGUCUUGCUUUUUCCUCACUACUUAAUUUCUGAGAAUUUUUAGAAGAAAAAAUGCCUUUGACAAAGAAUCAACAUUUCUGUCUGUCUGUCUGUCUCCAUUUCACCCUCCUUUUCUCACUCUAGCAAUGGGACUUGUUAUCCUGAUGUUUUUUUCCUAUCCACAGCUUUUUCCCUAAGUUAAGAACUAAUGUGUUUAGAAUUGACCCAGCUAAAUUAGUUCAGGCUUGGGGUUUUGGGGUUUGGUUUUUUUUCAUUGUUUUGGUUUAAAUCCAUUUGUCUGUGAAGGAUUAGUUCCUUUAAAUAGAUUAAAUAACUUUGAAUUGCAGCUGAAAUACAAUUGUUAUUGGUUGUUUAAGCACUGCACUUUUAUUAUAGAAGUCUCUUUAGACAAAACAUUAGGAUAGUGAUAAAUCCAAGUAUUCCAGCACAAUUCAGGGAAGUCAAAAUAUAACACUUUGGCUAUUUCUGAGCUUAGAGAAGUUGAUUAGGAAAAGGAGAAGGGAUUGUAACAAGUCUAUUCUACUUUGCAGGCAAUAUUCUCAGGCAGAACUUGUCCUCUUUUGAUACCUUACCAAGCUUUAGGAUUUCCUAGGUGUUGAAGGGGCUCUGGUAAUUUCAGCUGCAGUUUUUUUCUCUUUCUGACUUCUCUUGCAUAAGAAUCAACAGGUAAAGUAUCAAGAAAAACAGGUAGUAUCAGUGCAAGAGAACAUCCUUGUACAGAAGGCCAUGCUUUAAAAAAUUCAUUUCUAUGGCAGUUGUUCUUCAGCUUCUUUUAGUCACAAAUACUGGAAGACGUGAGCAGAGAUGCAUGUUUUCCCAGAUUAUAAAGUCAAACUCACCUAUGAACAAAAAUGCCAUCAAAAUACAUCAAUAUUGCAAUUAGCUAGCAUAACUUCAGUGUAUAUGUAAUAUGGUUAGUUAGUACAGAAAUUCCAACUAACCUCAAAGGAACAAUUUAAAGUUUUGCACUUUGUCACAGUAACUACAGCUAACUGGUAAUAGACGUCUUGGAUUUAAUGCAUAGAAAACAUAAAAGUAUUGAAUCCUGAAACCUAUUAUUUAAGUCUCAUAGAAAUGUUGGAAGGCUCUACAAGAUAGGCCUUAUAACUAUUUAUUCUCCAAGGCCCCUGUUUUCCGUUUGAACAUUAACUUGUUUUUCCUGACAAGUUUUUGAACAGUUUUGAAAUGCUGUCCUUCAUGUUUUGGCAUAUGAUGCAAUUUGUGUGUUUAUUUGUUAUCCAGAAAAACUCUAAAUUUAACCCACACUUAAUUUUGUCCCUACAAAGUUACUAGAAUGUUUUGCCUAAGAUUGAAGAAUUAAGCGCACAGUGAAAAUAAAAAAUGUUGAAUGAAAAUAAGGCCCCAAAAAUUGUGUGUUCUGUUGGGGAAAUCUUUCUAUUAUGGCUGAGUAAAAUCUUAAUAGCAGAAGGCAACAGCAGGUUGCUUGUAUCCUAAAUCAAAUAUUGAAGGUGAAUGUUUAUCAUAA